UCUCUUUUUCUUUUCUUUUUUAAUAUUUAUUUAUUUUUAUCUAAAAGCCCACUCCAAUUCCUCUCUUUCUCUACUCCAAAAAAUGCAAUUCACAGCCAUUUUCUCUCACUCCAAACACUAAAAAAGGGCUUCAAAAAAACCGAAUCCCAAUGGCUUCAGAUCAGAUCUCACUUUCUCUCUCUAUCAAGCAACCGUUUCACUCUUAAAAAAAAAAAAAAAAAAAAAAAUUAAAACUUCUUCAUCUUCUUGAAAACUCCCAAUUUAAUGGCGACCUUGCAGAAAUUUAAGCUCCUAGCCACUCAAUGCGCCGUGGCCGGAAGCCCCACAAGAAGCCCAUCAGCCAGUCCGGUAAUCCACCUUCGCCGCCGCAAGACCUUACGCAUGCUACUCAGCCGUCCAGAACGACGCCGUUUGUCUCGCCGUGAUACCGCAUCGGAGAUUCGGGAUUUCGAUGGCGAGGGAGGUGACGGUGAUGAUGACGAUGAGGAUCCGCCGGAGAAAAGGAAGGAGGUUAGGGUUCGCCACAAAUUGAAGGAUCUGUUCGUGUCGUCUCCGCCGCCGAUUGAUGAUAAAAGGGGCCGGCAAGAAGAGGAACAGCGCGGGUUGUUGUUGCCGCAGAACGGGGGUGUUGGUGGCGGAUUCGGUGGUAGUGGCGGUGGGUUUUCGACUCGACGAGGUGGAGUUAGGUCUCUCCGACCGGUGACGGCGACGUUUCGGUAUAGAUUUCUAAGAAGAGCUUGGCGACCUGUGCUCGUUACUAUCCCUGAAUAAAAAAAAUCCUUGUGAAAAAAAAACAGGAAAGAAAUGUACGGAAAAUUCGAAUUUUUUUUUGUUUUUAUUUUUAUUUGUUAUAUAUAUAUAUAUAAAGAUUUCUCUAUUUUCUUUUA